CGUUGUAGUCUAGUUGGUCAGGAUAUUCGGCUCUCACCCGAAAGACCCGGGUUCAAGUCCCGGCAACGGAAAUUACUAAACCUUUUCGCAGUUUUAUUUUCAUAUUUUACUUCUACACUGAAAAUAACUGGGCCGGGCCGACAAACUGGCCCAAUUAGUUUUUAUUUUAUCCCUGCUCUCUCGCGGUACAUUCUCUCCCUUAUCCUACCUGAAGGCGGCCACGGCGACGAUCAAUUCCACGGCGACGAGCACUUUUCUCUGGUGUCAGUGGUGUGUUUGAAUCGUCGUCUCUCUUCAACUAGACUGCGCCCCAAGAAAGCGUGAAACAGGUUAGGCGGAACUCUUGCGGCCGAAUGGUUGCUCCUUUUUCAUCUUCUCGCCCUUAGUUUCCCGCUGGUACGGCGGAGAUGGGGGUUCUGUUUUCUAGGGUUUCGUUUGUCUGUCAAUCUCAAUAAAUUUAGUCGGAGGAGAAGUUCUGAUUUAUAAUUGAAGCUGUAUAUGUGUCGCAAAGAGGAGUAGAUCCAUAUAUGCCUUCUUUUGUGACGAAUCCAUGGCGAAGGAACUAAAUUCGAUUUGGGAAUGGUUCGUGCAGGCAGCUGAAGUGAUUGCGAAGGGGACAGUGGCUCCGGAAAACAUGGCUGACGAAAGGAGAGCUCACCCUGACUGUAUGAAUGCGGCGAAUCCUUACCAUGAGUGUGUUGAGUACUGCUUCAAGAAGAUUGCAGAAGCCAAGGCUAGAGCAGAUAAAGAAGCAGAGUUCAAGCAAGCUCAAGCUGUGAAUGAUCUAGCCAGUACACGGGUUUCGGAUGAAAUGACAGAUAAGCUUGUCGUAAGACCAGAUUCUAACGAUGAUGAUGAUAGCCACAGUGACAAAAAUGACCAAGGCGUGGAGGAAUUUCAGGAAGAAGAUGUUACUAAACUGAGUGGAAGGCGGAAAAAGUUGUAUGAGUUGAAGCGUAAGAUGUAUGAGGCGAAGAAAGCCAAUCAAAUGGCAAUGGUGGCUGAAAAGAAGAGAUUGGAACCUCCCCAAGAGUCUAGAGGCAUUUCCAAACAAAAAUGGCUCGAGGAGAGGAAGAGGAAGAUCGGUAAACUUCUUGAUGCAAAUGACUUGGACAUGACAAAGGCAUAUAUGCUGGAUACGCAAGAGGCCGCAGAAGUCAAGUACAAGAAAUGGGACAAAGAUCCUGCUCCAUUUGGUUGGGAUGUUUUCAAUCAGAGGACUCUGUAUAAUGCAUAUAAAAAGCGAACAAAGAAUGUUAAUGUCGAUCUAGAAGAGUAUAACAAGAUGAAAGAAGCCGAUCCUGAGUUCUACCGGGACGCCUCAAGUCUUCAAUACGGAAAGGCACCAAAGAUCUCAGAGGAUAAGAUUGACAGAAUGGUGAAGGAACUCAAGGACCGGGAUGCGAAACGCGGAUCAUUCAGCCGGAGGAGGAGAUUCCAUGAAGAGAAGGAUAUCGACUCUAUCAACGAUCGUAAUGAGCACUUCAACAAGAAGAUUGAACGAGCCUUCGGUAAAUACACGCUGGAGAUUAAGAACAAUCUCGAGAGGGGAACUGCACUGCCCGACUAAACUAUGCCGCACUCUCUCAGGGGUGCACUGUUUUGGGUAAGCUUCCCCAAGUACUUAACCUUUUCUGCGGUUAUCUGUGAAUUUGAGCGUUCCCUGAAACUUUCGAGUUGGGGGAGGGCUUUUCAAUUUCCUCAACUGAAUGAUAGGAUGCAAUCAAUCUCCUCUGAUUUGUGUAUCAUAAAGUACCUUGUCAGUAUCUCUGCACGAUUUAUUUCCUCAUUGGCAUUCUAACUUUAAGCAAGAGUUGUAAUAUAUUUCACAAUCAUUCUCCAAAUUACCAAAUAUUUUGUUCGCGCGGUCCUUUUCGCUUAGAAUUCCUCCAUGUUUUGUUUGCCAAAUAGGGGUGGACGAAGUUUUGGUCCAUCCCCUGGAAAUUUAAUGAGGUUGUUGAGUCUAUAGCUCGCAGCCUACCACCUACCUUCUUCCUCUCUUUUUUUAUGCUAUAGCCUACCACUACAGGAGAAAAGGAGUGGUAGCUAGCUCGCUAAUUUUACUGCUCCAUUUUGCCUUUGGAACUUCUUUUCCUUUUUUUGAUUUGGAGCCUUGUUAGCCUUUUGAGUUUGGACCACAACUGCACCCAACUCCCAAAGAAAAGAGUGCAGAAGGA